GGCGCUGGACCUGGCGGCUUCUGGAUGUUUCCUGGAACGCGACAUGGCGUGCGGCUUCCGCAGGUCCAUCGCUCGUCAGCUUUCUAGAGUGUUGGAUCUUCCCCCAGAAAACUUGAUCAAGUCAAUAUCUGCAGUUCCAAUUUCAAAAAAAGAAGAAGAAGCUGAUUUUCAGAUUUCUGUGGAUUCUCUUUUGGAAAAUAGCAGUAACCAUUCAAGACUGAAUAUUCAAAAUAAAGCAGUGAGACUGGCAGAGAAGCUAAAAUGUGAUACAGUCGUGAGUGAAAUCAGCACUGGACAAGGGACUAUUAAUUUCAAAAUAAACAGAGAACUUUUAACAAAGACAGUGCUACAACAGGUAAUUCAAGAUGGUUCAAGUUAUGGAUUAGAAAGUGAACUUUUCUCUGGUCUUCCCCCGAAGAAGAUUGUGGUUGAAUUCAGUUCACCUAAUAUUGCCAAAAAAUUUCACGUUGGACAUUUGCGUUCCACUAUCAUAGGAAAUUUUAUAGCGAAUCUCAAAGAAGCUUUAGGACAUCAAGUAACAAGAGUGAAUUACCUUGGAGAUUGGGGCAUGCAGUUUGGUCUUUUGGGAACCGGCUUCCAAAUGUUUGGCUAUGAAGAAAAACUCCAGUCCAAUCCUUUACAGCAUCUCUUUGAAGUUUAUGUGCAAGUUAAUAAAGAAGCAGCAGAGGAUAAAAGUAUAGCAAAGUCAGCACAUGAGUUUUUUCAGCGAUUGGAACUGGGAGAAAAGCAAGCACUUGCAAUGUGGCAAAAAUUCCGGGAUUUGAGCAUAGAAGAAUAUGUUCGCAUUUACAAGCGUCUAGGAAUACAUUUUGAUGAAUACUCAGGAGAAUCAUUUUAUCGUGAAAAAUCUCAAGAAGUCUUAAAGUGGCUGGACAAUAAAGGACUCCUGGAGAAAACAAUAAAAGGAACAAGUGUAGUGGAUCUUUCUAGGAAUGGUGACCCCUCCUCAUUUUGUACUGUAAUGCGAAGUGAUGGGACUUCCCUCUAUGCAACCAGAGAUCUUGCAGCUGCUAUAGAUCGAAUGGACAAGUACAAUUUUGAUACAAUGAUUUAUGUGACAGAUAAAGGGCAAAAAAAGCACUUCCAGCAAGUCUUCCAAACACUGAAGAUCAUGGGCUAUGACUGGGCAGAAAGGUGCCAGCAUGUGCCCUUUGGAGUAGUGCAGGGAAUGAAGACUCGAAGAGGAGAUGUUACUUUUCUGGAAGAUGUUUUAAAUGAGAUUCGAUUAAGGAUGCUACAGAACAUGGCUUCUGUUAAGACAACCAAAGAACUGGAGAACCCACAGGAGACAGCAGAGAAGGUUGGACUUGCAGCGCUUAUUAUUCAGGACUUUAAAGGUUUACUCUUAUCUGACUAUCAGUUCAGCUGGGAUCGUGUUUUCCAGAGUCGUGGAGACACAGGCGUCUUCCUACAAUACACACAUGCCCGCCUUCACAGUUUGGAAGAGACUUUUGGAUGUGGUUACCUUAAUGACUUCAAUACUUCUUGUUUACAAGAGCCACAGUCUGUUUCAAUUCUCCAGCAUCUUCUCAGGUUCGAUGAGGUGCUUUAUAGAUCAUCUCAGGACCUUCAACCCAGGCACAUUGUCAGUUACCUUCUAACUCUAAGUCAUCUUGCAGCUGUGGCACACAAAACACUGCACAUAAAGAACAGUCCCUCUGAAGUGGCAGGGGCCAGACUUCAUCUUUUCAGAGCUGUCCGUUCUGUCCUAGCCAAUGGAAUGAAACUUCUUGGAAUAACACCUAUAUAUAAAGGUUACUCUCAAUACGUGAAUUCAGGAUACAUUUGAAGAGCAAGGAAUUACACAUACAGGUAUCUCUAUAUUAGGAUAUUUUCAUGGAAAUUGGUUCAUCAGUUAAGCUAUAUUUGAAAUUUAUUUCCUUCCUGUAUCUGCACAUUGUUAAGGUAUAUUUUAUGGUACUUGUUUAGGUAACAUGAGUAUAAUGUGACCUGUUUGAUCAGUUCUGCUAGUAGCUUCAUCCAGCAUUUCCAUUCAGGUCUGCUCUAAUUUGUUCUGAAUGUUGCUACUAGAACUCUUGUGAAUACCAGUGACAGUCAAUAAAUAUAAACCAAAGUUUCUCUAGUUGAACGAACAUAGUGUUAUAUUGGCAAGUAUGGUAUACCCUCUUAGUCUGAGAAAAGAUUCGUUUAUACAGUCAGUCACACUUUUAAUUAGCUUCCAGAUUACUUUCUAUUGAAAGUAUUAAAUUUCCUUAGAACAAAUCAGCCAGGGAAUAAAAAUGUACAGUUGGGACAUGUAAAAUAUGUCCCAUAUCCCCCUCCUCUUCUUGGGACAAACGUUCCCAAAUCUGUGGUAGCCUCUCAAUUUUUGAAUCUUGAGUGAAAUGAUAGAGACAGUGACGAUUAGAGCCCCAUCCUUCGGAAAGCAUCUCUCUAAGAAAACUGUUUAUUAAUUCAGCCUAUACUCUGCAACCUAGAGUCCAAUGAGCAUGAAUGCAGUCAGUCCUCUUAGCCCCAGCUGGCCUGUUUGUAUUUUGCCUUAUGUUCAUAUAUAUAAAAUACAGAAAUUGAUCAACUUUCAUAUAAAUAAAUUAAGUUUAUUGCUGAAUUUUCCCAUGAACAUGAUAGAAACGUUUUUUAAAAAACACUGAAAUUUUACAACUGGUUGAGUCCCACAGUUAAACAUACUUCAUUAAAAAAAAGUACAAAAGUGACAUUAGAAAUUUUUGAAGAUCUAACAGCAAAGGAAUAUGAACCCAGAGAAUGGAUGACACAAAUACAGCACUUGAAGGGUUACUUGACCACCCAGAAAUCACUGUCUGAGUUAUGAAAUAGAUUCAGUUUGUAAGAACAUUCAAUUUGUUUCUGAGCCAUGCUGCCUUUUCUUUGCCUCCCUUUUGUAAGAAAAGGACUAGGUCUUUACUGCCACUGAGACAAAAUACUGUAUGUGAAUUGUUGAGCAAGGAGGGUUCAGCUUCUCUGGUACAAGAGAUCAGUUAGCACAGAAAUGGCUUUGGCACUUUAAAUCUUAACAUUGUCCCAAACCGUGUUACUUGAAUAUCGUGGCGUCACAUGAUUUUUUUUUUUUAAACGCCAUAUCUCCAUACUUUGUAUGUACAUUUUUAUAUACAAUAAUAAAAUUCCUUCAUUCUCAAACAGGUCACAUUAAAUCUUUGUAGCAAGUCACUCAGUUUUCUUCUUACUGCUUAUGCCACACAGUUAAUUUGGUGUUUUUAUUUAAGCUAUCUUCUGGGAUUGACUUAAGGCUCUAGUUUAAUGCAAAUAGAUUAGUCUUAAGAACUUUAAGAAUCUUCAAGACUGACAUACACCAAUGACUCUCUCUUUUGAUGAAGCUGUUUCUCCUUGUUGGAUGGAUGUCGUGUCUUGUCUGGGUAAUCCAUAAAGAUAUAUAGAAAUACAUACGAGAAGUGUACCCAAAGCAAAGUUGAGUGCUGAAAAGGAAAAAAAAGAAAUCUGCAUUGUGUCCUUAAUUAAGACCAACAUGUUAAAGAUCAAUUUGAAAUUUUGAAAAAUUUGAGUUGUGGAGUUAGAUCGUCAAUACUGGCUAUACACUUGCCAAGAAUACAAAUUUCCCUUUAUACUGAUUAAAAGAAAAUACAGUGGAAUGUGGCUUUUCCAUUGUUGUAGAAACCUGUGAACAUGUAGAGUAAAAACGUAGUCGAGCAAAACACAGGUGACUGAAGGUUAAUAGAGACAGUGACAAUUAGUGCAUGCUUUACUAAGUAAAAUUCCAUUUUCUAAACUACCCUUGUCUUUUUUACCUUAAUUCAAAAAAUGAGGACACAGCUUAAAAAUGGCAGGCAGAGAAAUGACAUCAAGCUGUAAUUUUAGUUCACCUCUAACUAGGAAAGAUUAGCUUCGCCUAAUUAAUUUCCUUGACCAUCAGUAAGUACACUGAGCAAAAAGCACUUCAUACUGUUCCCAAAUAUUCCUUAAGAUCAGAGGCGUAAGGAUUUGUUGAGCACAGGAUGGAUUCAAACUCCAAUUAAAAGCUUACCCAAAUCAGGUAAGAAAAGCAUCUAAAGCACGGUAAGUAGUUAUUAGCCUUUUAUAUAAUACUAUGUGCCAGGGACUAUUCUAAGAACCUCACCUCAAACAACCCUAUCUCAGGUGAUUUUAUCAUUCUCAUUCCCCAGGUGAAGAAACUGAGACACAGGUUAAGUAACUUCCCCAAGGUUGCACAGGUAAUAAAUGGUACACACAACAUUUGAACCAUAAAAUGAUUUUCUAAGAUUUCUAUAAGGUUGGUGUCCCUCUAUUUGCAUUUAUAGUAAGAGUCAAUUUUAAAAUGACAUGUAAUAUAGGUUAGGUCUUUUUUUACUUAUGUCAACUUUAAUUCAUGCAUUACUAAUGGUACAACUUAUCAAUAAGAAAAUGAUUAUUAUAGCAUAAAAGCACCCUGAAAUGUUAAGUCAACAUCACUGUUUAAAUAAUAUUACAAGGACUGGCAGAGCAGUGGUGACAGAAUGUCAACUAUAGUAACAUUAGAUGAAACUUACCUUCAUAGGGCCUCCCCGGUGGCACAGCGGUUGAGCGCUGGGUUGCGAAGCUGCCUGCAGCCUCUGCAGCGCCGGUUCGAUUCCCAGCUGCUCCCCGGCCACCAGAGGAGGGUCCCACAUGGCGCGCAGACCUCUCCUGCUGCCCGCUGCUCCCCUCAGCAGUGUACUUCGGUCCUGCUCUGGCUCUGGUGAAUUCUCUCACCCUCCCGCGCUUCUGACUGUACCCAGUGCUUGUAUAAAUAAGAAAAUUUAGAUUGUAGUUUCAUAACCAACUCACACCCCAUGUCCAAAACAGGAAGUUAUAAACUAUAAGGAGUAAAUGAAAGCUCUUCUGCCCUUUCCUCAAAACAAAGUCUAUAUAGUUUACACUGCUGAAAGUAAUCAUUUUCUAAAAUCCUGUACUUAUUACCUUGUGUUCUAAUCACACUAUAUUCACCUUGACCUUGUUUCUAAUACCUAGGGAAGAGAGAGGCCUGGCUGCAGAAGCACUGUCUCUAAAGGGCAAAAUUGCUAAAUAGACACUUCUCCAAAGACAACAUACAGAUAGCCAACAGACACAUAAAAAACUCAUCAUCAUGGAAAUGCAUAUCAGAACCACACUUCUCACACCUAUAACAGUAGUACACAUCAAAAAGACCAAAAACAAGUGUUGGCAAGGUUGUGGAGAAAAAGGAAACCACCUACUGGUGGGAAUGUAGACUGCUCCAACCCCUAUGGAAUACAGUAUGGAAGUUUCUCAAAAUACUAAAAAUAGAUCUACCAUAUGACCCAGCAGUUCCACUCCUAGGUAUCUACCAAAGAAUGCAGAAACACUUAUUUGAAGGGAUGUAAGUAUACACACACAUACCUGUAUUCGCUUCAGCACUAUUUAUAAUAGUUUAGCUAUAGAAACAGCGUAAGUGCUGUUUAGAAAACAUGGAUUCUAAAAAAGUGGUGUAUAUAUACACAAUGGAAUACUCAUCUAUUAAAAAAAAAGAUGAACUCUUGCCACAUGCAACAGCAUGGGUGGAACUUGAGGGAAUUAUGCUAAGUGAAAUAAUUCAGAAGGGGAUAGAUGAUUACAAUCAUGUGGAAUAUAAAGAAAAACAGGAACAGAAGAACACCAAAAUAACCCCUAGAACUCUGACUACAGAAGUGGGAGAGAUAUGGGAACAGCAGAUUAUGGUGGAGAAUUAAUGAUACUUUGAUGGUAGAUGAUGGUAAUAUACACCUGAAGAAGCAUGACCCUGUACCCCUACAUCAGAUACAGUGUUGUAAACUAAUGUCUCAAUAAAAACAAUCUUUUAAAAUAUCUCCAGCAACUAAGUAGCCCCCUUACUUUUCAUAUAACCAUUACCCCUCAGCUUAAGCCUAAGCCCAUUUAAACCUAAAUACUGCUGACCCACAUUUCCACAAGAAAUGGGGUAUAGUCAGAGGCGUGGGAGGGUGAGAGAAAUCACCAGAGACAGAGCGGGGAGCAAAACAGGCAGA